UAUAACACAAAUAAACCAAGAAAAUAUAUGUUAAGAAUUCAAAAUAGAUUCUUCUAUUGGAUAUGGCUUAAAGUAAAAGAAAAUUUGCUUCACAAUAGCCUAGUAACUGAAAAUUGUUCAAUGUAUAAGAUUGAGUAAUGUAAGUGAAAAGGACGUGGCAUGGGGUACCAGAAAAGAUGAACUUUUUCAUCCACAAAGGAAGAACAUAACGGAUUGGUAAAAGUAGGAAAUGGAAAAUCUUUGUGAAAUAAUAUUUAAUUAUCUUAAUAUAUAAAUAAAAGGUAUCCUCAUUUCUUUCCCUCUCAAUCUAGCUCCCAAAACAACUUUUAAGCUUAAAAUGAAGGUUAAAUAUUGAGAUAAAAUUCAAUUUCAAUUGAGGAAGAACAUGAAAAAGAAGCAUGUAAAUUGUUUUCCCUAACUUUAUCAAACAAAUAAACUUUUUGAAUUUGAAUGUAGUAGAGCUUUAAACAGAAUGCUUACCUCUAAAAGUACCUUUUAAAGUUUCUUUGACACUCUGGCCUUUUCAACCAACAUGAAUUCUACACGUGGCAUCCUUAUGGUUUGAGCAUUCCUUGUGUUCCAUAUCAUACAAGUUUUCCAAUAUAAAUAUGAGUGCUCUUUGCUAAGCUUCCUCUGGAUAUGCAUUAAACGUUUUCCAUUCUUCUAUUUCAUUCUCAUCCAUUUAUCUCAAGAACUACAAAUUCUGAAUUAGAAGUUUUGGUCUAUUUACAGAAACAACUUAGCAUCAUUUUGUGGUCCUUCCCACAUUGGCACACACAUUCACAGAGUGAAAAUAUUCACAAACUAGAACCCCUCAUGGAUCUCACAGUUCGUGUAUGUUCUACUCUAUGGAUCAUUGUGACCCUUUUGAACCAUAAUUUUGGAAAUGUGGAGGGAAGAUACCACCAUCACAGCAAGCAGAGGAGAGUUUCUUCUGUUCCUACUGCUCCUUCUGAUUCUUCCACUGAGCCAGAGAACCCAAACCCUUCAGUUCCACCCCCUGCUGAUUCUCCCACCGUUCCUUCUGACCCUUAUCCAAAUGAUAACCAAACCUCCUCUUCUGACUGUGUUUUUGAUGUGAGAUCCUUUGGGGCAGUUGGAGAUGGUUGUGCUGAUGACACACCUGCAUUCAGGGCAGCAUGGAAAGCAGCAUGUGCUGUGGAGUCUGGAAUUCUUCUUGCUCCAGAAGACUACAUCUUUAAGAUCACUUCCACUAUUUUUUCAGGUCCAUGCAAGCCAGGAUUGGUAUUCCAAGUGGAUGGAACACUGAUGGCACCAGAUGGACCAAAUUCAUGGCCAGAAAAAGAUAGUAGAAACCAAUGGCUUGUAUUUUACCGACUUGACCAAAUGACUCUAAAUGGUACUGGAACAAUAGAAGGGAAUGGAGACAAAUGGUGGGAUCUCCCUUGCAAACCUCACAGGGGUCCCAAUGGAAAAACUUUGUCAGGACCAUGUGGUAGUCCAGCUAUGAUACGAUUCUUCAUGAGCUCCAAUUUGAAGGUGAAUGGGCUUAAAAUCCAAAACAGUCCUCAGUUUCACAUGAAGUUUGAUGGUUGCCAAGGAGUGCUGAUUGAUAAGCUCUACAUUUCUUCACCAAAACUGAGCCCCAACACCGAUGGAAUCCAUGUAGAAAACUCCAAAGAUGUGGGGAUUUACAACUCCAUGAUAAGCAAUGGUGACGAUUGCAUUUCAGUUGGACCCGGUUCCUCAAACGUGGAUAUAGCAGGUUUAACUUGUGGUCCUAGCCACGGGAUUAGCAUUGGAAGUCUUGGAGUGCACAACUCUCAGGCAUGUGUGUCAAACCUGACAGUCCGUGACAGCAUCAUAAGAGAAUCAGACAACGGACUAAGAAUCAAGACAUGGCAAGGGGGAAUGGGAUCAGUGACAGGUCUGAGAUUUGAUAGCAUCCAAAUGGAAAACGUUGGGAACUGCAUCAUCAUCGAUCAAUACUACUGUUUGUCAAAGGAAUGCCUAAACCAGAGUUCAGCUGUGCACGUGAAUGAUGUGUCGUACAGCAACAUAAAGGGCACCUAUGAUGUGAGAACAGCUCCUAUUCACUUUGCUUGCAGUGACAGUGUUGCUUGCACAAACAUCACUCUGUCUGAGGUUGAGCUUUUGCCAUUCGAAGGAGCAUUGCUUGAUGACCCCUUUUGCUGGAAUGCUUAUGGGACACAGGAGACCUUGACUAUACCUCCAAUCAAUUGCUUAAGGGAAGGUGACCCUGAGACAGUGGGCGAUCUUUCUGAAUAUCAAUGCAGUUAAACCAGACAUGUUACUUAUAUCAAAUAUAUAUAUAUAUAAGGUGGCUUAUAGAUACAAGAUAUUAGAUGAAAUAUAUAUGAUAUAUGAUAUACUAUACAUAUAUGAUAGAACAUUAUUAUGUUGAUGAUGGUUCUCUGUGAUAAUCUUUUAGGAUUCGUCCCUAUCUGGGUACAUUAUUCCCAUUUUGUGCGAUGAGAUGCAGAAAUUGGUCUCUUUUGGGGCCUACACUCUGUAAUAGCUUCAUUCAACAUUUAUAUAUUACUACACCUUAAUCUUC